UCCAGCAGCUCUUUUUAUUUUGAUCUCUUUUAUAUCUCGACUGUUUUCCCACUUUUCUUUUCUCGUCCUCCCCAACUUCAAUUCCUAGUCUCUUCUUAGCCACCUCUAGCGUUAGACAGCUAGCUUACCUAGUAGAUCUCACGUCGACCUAUCUCCGUUCCAAGAAAAGAAAAUUUCCACCCGCUCCAAGCCAGACGACACCAUACUAUUCCAGAAUUCGUGCGAUCCUCCAAGAGCCAGCCAAGAUGCCCAAAAUCACCACCCUUCUCUUCGAUUGCGACAACACCCUCGUGCUCUCCGAGGAGCUCGCCUUCGAGGCCUGCGCCGAGCUGAUCAACGAGAUCUGCGCCUCUCACAAUGUCGAACAGCGCUUCACCGGCGAGACUCUCAUCAAGGAGUUCGUUGGCCAGAACUUCCGCGGCAUGUUGCUCGGACUCCAGAAACUUAACAACUUCGAAUUGACCUCGGAAGAGUUGGAGACCUAUGUCCGCCGCGAGGAGGAUGCCGUCAUCGCUAAGCUCAAGGCCGCCCUGAAGCCCUGCCCCGGCGUUGACGCCCAGCUCGAGUCCCUCCAGGCCGCCGGCAAGUACAAGCUCGCCGUCGUCAGCUCCUCCGCGAAGCGCCGCGUCUGGGCUUCCGUCGUCAAGGUCGGCCAGGACCGCUUCUUCCCCGAGGACGACAUCUUCUCCGCCGCCACCUCUCUGCCCGUCCCGACCUCCAAGCCCGACCCCGCCAUCUACACCUACGCCCUCGAGAAGCUCGGAAAGAAGGCUGACGAGGCCGUUGCCAUCGAAGACUCCAAGAGCGGUACCCUCAGCGGCACGCGUGCCGGCAUCAAGGUUAUUGGUUACAUUGGUCCUUACGCGGAGGACCGUCAGCCCGAGAUGGAGAAGGUUAUCCGCGACGCCGGCGCCGUUGUCAUCAUGAAGGAUUGGAGCGAGUUCCCUGAUGCGCUCGCCAAGAUCGAGAGCGGGGCCGCUUGACUAGCCGACCAAGGUCGCAACAAACCCUCACCUUCUCUAUGAAGUAGGUUCAGGUCUGCCAAUCGAACGCCAGAGAGGUAGAUUCCAGUGUGGGAAAGAUGGGAAAGGGGAGUAGAAACAGCAUCGGUGGCAUGUGCAAGCACACAUAGAUAAAACUAGAAGAGCCUGCUUCACUGGGCACAGCCGAUGAGGCCCAUAAACCCAUUCAUCAACAGCUUCAUCUCCUUUUUUUUUCAACACCCCCUGUCCUCCUCUAUCUAUAGUCCAUCAAGAAACUAUUCACGCUCUGCAGCGAUGCCCGCCCGGGAUUUGCUUCGGGAUAUGCCGUCAUGAUGCGUCCUAACCUG